GCCAUGAGGAAGGCUGGUGUUGCCCAUAACAAAUCCAGCAAAGAUAUGGAGAGUCAUGUGUUUAUGAAGGCCAAAACAAGGGAGGAAUAUCUUUCUCUUGUGGCCAGACUUAUUAUCCAUUUUCGAGAUAUUCACAACAAGAAAUCUCAAGCCUCAGUCAGUGAUCCGAUGAAUGCCCUGCAGAAUCUAACUGGGGGUCCCCAAGGAGGGGCAUCUGGGAUGGGUAUGGCUUCCCGAGCUCAAGGAGCACCGAUGAGUGGGAUGAGUGGUCUUGGCCCAAUGGGACAACAGAUGAGUCUCCCAGGGCAGCAGCAGCCUCCUGGAACCUCGGGAAUGGCCCCUCAUGGUAUGCCUGGCGUCUCUACGGCUACUCAGCAGACCCAACUUCAGCUUCAGCAGAUAGCUCAGCAGCAACAGCAGCAGCAGCAACAAUUCCAGCAGCAGCAGGUGGCUUUGCAGCAGCAGCAAUUCCAGGCCCAGCAGUCAGCCAUGCAACAACAGUUUCAGCAGCAGCAGCAGCAGCAACAGCAGUUGCAAGCCGUCCAGCAGCAGCAACAGCACAUGCUGAAACUGCAGAUGCAGCAGCAGCAAAAUCAGCAGCAGCAGCAACAGCAGCAGCAACAACUGCAGCGAAUUGCCCAAAUGCAGCAGCUGCAGGCAGCGCAGGCUAUGCAGGCACAACAGCAGCAGACACAGCAACAGGCACAGCAGCAACAGCAGCAGCAACAACUGCAGCGAAUUGCCCAAAUGCAGCAGCUGCAGGCAGCGCAACAACAACAACAACAGCAGCAGCAGCAACAGCAGCAGCAGCAGCAACAACAACAGGUUGCUCAGGCACAACAAUCUCAGCUUCCACCACAAUCCCAGCCUCAACCCCAGCCCAUGGUAUCUCAGCCACAGGCAAUCUCAGGACAAAUUCCUAGUCAGGUUAUGCCUGUUACUCUUACACCACAGCAAUUAAAAGCAAUGCAGCUGGUCCAGCAGCAGCAGGCAGCGGCAGCAGUGCAAGCAGCUCAGGCCCAAGCUGCUCAGAUGGGAGCCUCAGGGCAGAUGAUCACCGCACCUAUGGCCCGAGGUGGGAUGCAAAUAAGACCACGGUUCCCGCCUACCACCGCUGUGUCUGCUACACCGCCAAGCUCCAUUCCUUUGGGCGGACAGCAAAUGCCACAGGUCAGCCAGAACAAUAUUACCAUGAUGUCAUCCCCAUCUCCUGUCCAACAAGCCCAAACACCCCAAUCAAUGCCCCCGCCACCACAGCCAUCUCCUCAGCCAGGCCAGCCAACUUCUCAGCCAAAUUCAAAUGUCAGCUCUGGCCCAGCUCCGUCACCCAGCAGCUUUCUCCCCAGUCCAUCUCCACAACCAUCCCAGAGCCCAGCAGCUGCACGAACACCUCAGAACUUUAGUGUCCCAUCCCCAGGCCCUUUAAAUACUCCAGGAAAUCCAAAUUCUGUCAUGAGUCCAGCCAGCUCUAGCCAGUCAGAGGAGCAACAGUAUCUGGAGAAACUCAAACAGCUGUCAAAAUACAUUGAGCCACUCCGGAGGAUGAUUAAUAAAAUAGAUAAAAAUGAAGACAGGAAGAAGGACCUGAGUAAAAUGAAGAGUCUCUUGGAUAUCCUGACGGAUCCUUCAAAACGGUGCCCUCUGAAGACACUGCAGAAAUGCGAAAUUGCUCUAGAGAAGCUGAAAAAUGAUAUGGCUGUGCCUACUCCCCCGCCUCCCCCAGUGCCUCCCACCAAACAGCAGUACUUGUGUCAGCCGCUUUUGGAUGCUGUUUUGGCCAACAUCCGUUCACCAGUCUUCAACCAUUCCCUUUACCGUACAUUUAUGCCAGCUAUGACUGCAAUUCACGGACCACCGAUCACAGCCCCCGUUCCUUCCUCUCGAAAACGGAAAUAUGAAGAGGAUGAAAGACAGACCAUACCAAAUGUCUUACAAGGGGAAGUUGCAAGAUUAAAUCCUAAAUUCCUGGUGAACCUAGACCCUUCCCACUGCAGUAAUAACGGCACAGUGCAUCUCAUAUGCAAGCUAGAUGACAAGAAUCUUCCAAAUGUCCCACCGCUACAGCUCAGUGUUCCAGCGGACUAUCCAGAUCAGAGCCCUCUGUGGAUAAAAAACCCUAGACAGUACGCAGCCAACCCCUUUUUGCAGUCGGUGUAUCGGUACAUGACUUCAAAACUGUUGCAGCUUCCAGACAAGCAUUCGGUGACGGCACUCUUAAACACCUGGGCACAAAGCAUUCGUCAGGCCUGCCUCUCUGCUGCGUAACAUCUCACUUUGCAAAUCGCGAAGAAGGAAGGAAGAUCUCAACAGCUGGCCUCUUCCACAUGCCACUGGAAAAUCACAGGCAUUUUGGGGAGGGUACUUCAGAAGAAAGAAGCCUUAUGUUGUUUUGUUUCUAGGUGUCAGGUUCAGUAGAGAACCUGAUGUUAGACUUAGCUUUCGUGCCCUUUAUCUUCUGCCUCUGUGGACUUUUGCCAGCAUUUUCAAAUAAACAAAAUGUGUGUAUAUAUGGUUCUUGAGACUGUAUUAGGAUGAGUUUUUAUUGUCUUCUUAGAGAAGAAAUUAUUUGUGGACUUCCAUCAGGGAGUCUUGUAUAAGAGGGAGUAGAGAGAGAAUGUCCUAAUUUGCUUCAAAGUUUGCUCAGUGCCAGUUUUCCUUUCACACUGUAUGUUUUGUGACUUGAUACUGCCCCAGAAAUAAAUUAGCUGCAACUAGAA